GAUAUCAUUAAUAACGACAUACGAAACAGACGCAAAAGUAGUUGCACUCUGUUGUGCAACGAAAGCCCUGUUAAACCACGUGUGGACCCCACAUCGUACUUCCUUUUCACGUCUGCCAUCAAAGAAGAAAGAUGCCUCUUGCGAAAGAUCUUCUGCACCCUUCCUUGGAGGAGGAAAAAAGAAAGUGCAAGCUUAAGCGCCUUGUGCCUUCUCCAAACAGUUAUUUUAUGGACGUUAAGUGCCCAGGUUGCUACAAAAUAACAACUGUGUUCUCACAUGCACAGACUGUAGUGCUGUGUGUAGGAUGCUCCACAGUGCUGUGUCAACCAACAGGUGGCAAAGCUCGCCUCACAGAGGGAUGCUCAUUCCGAAGAAAGCAGCACUAAAGAAAGCCUUGAUCAACGACCAUGUGAAAUAGCAGCUGCUUAAUUUUGUGUGCUUGACAAUAAAGACACUGUCCUGGA